AUGGCCCGCUCGCACUUUAGCUUUAUAACUGCAACUAGAGCAGACGCCGACCAAGUCUUCCAUGCGCCUUUAGCAUUUGGGAACAUCACAGUUCCACCUAGGGUCAUCCUGCAACUGAAAAGCCUGCCAGCCCCACAUCUCGUUGGCCAAGCAGUCCUUCUGAGAACUGCGCAAGGGUUGACGACCAUGGUGACAAUUGCCGAAGCUGCUCUUACAACUCUUGGCGAGGACUUAUCAGCCUUGCUUUGGAUCAUUCUGAAGGUGUUAGAGAUUUCCUUGCGAGCGAGAGCUGGUAGAGACGGACAUUUCGGAUACUGCGAAUACCGAAAGCGUUCAUUGAAAUCAGGGUACAAGCAACAACUUAGAGCAAGCCUAGAUUUCGAUACCGACAAUUUUCUCUUUGCUUCUCCGAGCUACGACGGUGAAUCGCAGGACGGCGAAUGGCGGUUACACAUGUCCAAUGAAGCAGAGGAAAUGAGGGAGGUAAAGAGCCUGCUAGAUUGGCUUACAAUUGCUCUUGGGGACGAGAUUGUCCCGCCGUUUGCUACAUCUACAACUGGUCAACAGAAAGUUGAGCGAGAACCGCCAAGGUCUGUAUACAAUUCUUUGCUGCCGAGCGUGGAGGAAGUAGUAGAGGGAAAAAGGAGAUAUAUCAGACUGAAGCAGAAACGACCUACGCGGGAGGAUACUGGGAGAGACCCACCAGGGCCUGCAUCAGCGAGUGGAAUUACGGAUACGCAAGUUGAUCAUUUCAAUUGUUGGCGCGAUGUUCUUUUAGAAGGUAAUAUUCUUGUGCACGAGAGUUUUAACAGCGAUUCGUCUGCGUCAGUCACGCGAGUCAUCUCGAGUGCCGAGGGGAAUGGAUUGGGUUCCGCGAAAGAUGGCUUGUAUCUUACUGCGGCAGCAAUGUGGUCCAUGCUUGGUAACGAUUUACGAAGAAUCCCGGGGUGUUUUUGCACAUUCACGGCUAAAAGUGGUCAUUUCCUUCAAUGCAAAAUCAAGAUCGAGCAAUGGCUGCUGUGGCACGUGACUCGCGAGACAGCUCCAUGCGACGGAACCCUUUGUAAUAAGAACUUGUGCGUGGCUACAGACGCCAACGAACCCGGAGAACGACUUUUAACAACAACGCCCUGUAUUCUUGGCUGGGAAGUGGAGGGCAGAUCCAGCGCCACUAGCGCUCUAUGGGACGAAUUGCAGGUCAGUGCAGACUUCACAAAAAGACCAGUCAAGAGCUUGCACCUUGCAGAGCUUCAAGCUGUGGCACAACUUAGCGUACCGCUGCCUGACACACCUCAAAUUGGAGCUGCCGCGACAUUUGCAGUAAAUAAUUAUGUAGUCAACCAUUCAAUUGAAAGUGAAUCUCGACUUGCAAUGGAAGAGGCAGCUGCCGCGACUGUACUGAUUUAUGAUGAGCGAAGGCAGCUCCAUCUCCUCUGCGAUGGCGCGGAUAUAAUGGAGGUCUUGUGCCUGCAAUACAUACGAGAGCUAGGUCUUUCAGAAGCAAACCUUCCUCUUUUCACUCACACAAAUGCUCUCGGGCGCCUACAGACAUGGUAUCAGUCCGCUUUCAUAUCCUUGACAGGUACCCGUCUCUCGGGAGACUUAUUUGUUAGGAAGGCUAGCGAGAGGCUCAAUGCAAUCAAAAGAGAAAAUGGAAAAGACGUAAGACCAAUGUACUGGCUCCUUGAGGAUCUUGUGCAAAGCAAGACAGGGCAGGCGUACCAAGAUCCUUUCAAAAGUUCUCGACCAAACAAGAAUUUUAGCACACGUCCAGCUUCAAAAGCUCGGCAUCCUCCGCUAAGAUUAAAUCAUUGGCAACAUUUAGCUCUCGAUACCCCACCCAUUCUUUUGACUGUCGGUAACAUUGAGCCUAAGCGCCUGACUAAACACGGUCAUCCUUUAGAGCGAUGUGGCGAUCAAGAAAACCCUAUGAAAAAGUUUUUCAAAGACUUACUUUUUGACAAGGGCCCAGGACUCUUGAUCGCAGACUUCACGAGGCUCAGGAGAUGGCGUGACAAAUCCAUGAACAUGACAUUCUCCACCCUCGAUCCUACUGGAAGCGCGGUCAAAUUCGGCCCUCUCCAUGGGGACAUUGAAAAGACGUACAAAUUCACAGAACCUCGCUCAGUAGAUGCAAUACCCUCUCUUUGCAGUAGCUGCGCAAACUCACGAGAGAAUACUUGCGUACAUUGCAUUGAGUGA